UAACAUAGUAUCCCAAACCUGUUCUUUAAUUCACGAGUUCACUGAAUAUGAAAGUUUCCGAGUAAUGCAUUCACCAACUUCCCCAACUAGCAGUCUUUGUUUUCGAUUAUUUUGUUGAUGCUGGCCAAUGCCCGUGUUUCCUCGGCAACCAACUAAGAGUGGGCAGCUAUAUAAUGACAGUGCGAGAGCGCAAUAACCAAUAAUCUUGAAUCUACCUCCGCCUUAACUGUACGGUUUUGUCAAACUUUGACUGAAAUGGACCACGGCAAGGAUCAUCAUGGGAGCCAUAAUGUUGCAACUCAGCAUGGUAAAAAGAACUACGAAUCAGCGGACUCGAAGCAGCAUCAGGCCGAGGAGAACCAAGCUCCCCGUUCUGGUUUUCAGUUGGGACAGACGGCCACAGGAUACGGAACCAAUAAAGCUUCUGAACUCUCGUCAUUUGGCAACACCAAAGACUUUGAAGAUCUAGAAGCCGAGUCCCGCAGCAACAGCGGACAUGACAGUGAGGAGCACGCCGAGCGUGACCUCGAAGACGAUAAAAAUCACCAUCACACAAAGAAGUAGGAAGGAUCAGCGAAUGGUGAUUUUCAGCCUAAUGUUUUAACAAGUCUCUCAUCAUCUCUGUCACAUUUUGUUCAAUAUUUCUGUAGUCCAUAGAAAGAGUUACAUAAACUUCUCUUCUUUAUUAUUGUUUGAAAUCACACAUGAUUUGACUUACCGGUCAAAAGGAGGUUCCAAUGGAUGUUAGAAGCACUACUCUUUGUUGUUUCAUUCACAAUUAACAAAUAAAGGGAGCAAAAUAACUUUA